GAUUUACAUGCAGUAGAUCCGUAGGAGAAUCUGCUUUCGGAAUACGGUCUUGCUACUGAUAAUACCUGCAAACCCCAGCCGAACUCGAAUGGAUCCAACUACUCUUACGACGGGUGAUCUGGCCCAUGUCGACGAUGCUCUUGAAGAUGCUCAACAAUCGAAAGAUCUCCUUUCUGUCCAGCCACCGCCGGCCAUGUUCGGUGCAGGCGGCCCCAUGCUGAAACAGUUUGACCAGUCCAGUGCUGCAAGUAGAAUGGCUUCACAGGCUGCGACGCCUCCACGAUCUGUUGUAGGGAUCGGCAACAAGGUUGCUAAACCCGACUAUUCCGAGGCAAAGAUUGUAUUGGCGAUGGUGGGGUUACCUGCCCGUGGUAAAUCCUACUUGAGCAACAAGCUCAUGCGAUACCUGAAAUGGUUGGAAUAUAGCGUGAAGGUUGGUUUCAUUGGCCAGAGUCAUUGUGUGUAUUGUCAUGCAAUGGAAUUCAGGUCUUCAACGUCGGCCAGUUACGACGCUCUCGAGCGCGACAAAAAGCCCAACAGUUUGAGCGGUCAGCGGGAAGACCACACGGCGCAGUACUUCAGCCAUGAUAACGUCGAAGCUACCAGGCUCCGAGAUCAGUUAGCGACCGACAGCCUGGAGAUGUUGAUUCAAUGGCUUCAUGACGGUGGAAACGUGGGAAUCCAUGACGCUACAAAUAGUACUCGAAGUCGAAGAGCAAAGAUUGAAGAACGCGUAUCCAAGGAGAAAGGUUUUGUGACCAUAUUUCUGGAGUCUGUCUGCGACGAUCCAGCCAUCAUCGCAGCCAAUGUCGCUCUCAAAGUCAGCUAUGGUGACCCUGACUACAAGGACAUGUCUCGAGAGGAAGCCAAACAGGAUUUCCUACGACGAAUUCGAGAGUAUGAGGCCGUCUACGAAACCAUCACGGAACCGCAUUUAUCCUAUCUCCGAAUAAUAAAUGUUGGCAAUCAAGUCACAGUCUGCAGAAUUAACGGAUAUCUUCAGAGUCGUAUAGCCUUCUACCUGAUGAACCUUCACCUCAAGCCCAGAAGCAUAUUCUUUUCGCGACAUGGUGAGAGUCAAUACAACGUUGAAGGAAAGAUUGGCGGUGAUUCGUCGUUGUCGGAGCGAGGCUCGCAUUAUGCCCGAGCACUCCCGGCUUUGAUUACAGACAACAUCGGUGAUGCUCCUCUGACGGUGUGGACUUCAACCCUUCAACGAACAAUCCAAACUGUCCAACACUUACCGUACAAUAAACUGACAUGGAAGUCCUUGGAUGAACUCGAUGCCGGUGUUUGUGAUGGCAUGACUUACGAAGAGAUUGAGCAAGCAUAUCCAGAAGACUUUGCCAAUCGAGAUGAAGACAAAUUCAAUUAUCGUUACAGAGGAGGAGAAUCAUAUCGCGACGUGGUCGUGCGACUUGAGCCGGUUAUCAUGGAAUUAGAACGUCAAGAGAACAUCUUAAUCAUUGGACACCAGGCUAUCCUCCGCUGUCUGUAUGCAUAUUUCCACAACCUUCCCCACGCAGAUCUACCGUAUAUCAAAAUUCCGCUCCAUACUGUCAUCAAGUUGACACCCAAAGCCUACGGUUGUGACGAAGAGAGGUACACACUUCCCAUUGGCGCAGUUGAUACACACAGACCGAAGCCUGGAACGGUGCAGCCAAAGGUUCCUGUGUUCGCUGGCCGGGAAUACUUUAAUGAGGAAUGAAGAGUGCUUAUAUCGACAUCGCGUCAUGGUAGUCGAUCAGGUGUGUAUCAAAUGAUACAGAGAGGUAUAUCAGCACAAUACAAUCAGACCAAUGUGGAAUCUAUUCCAUCUGAUAAUGCCUAUGAUAAAGCAACUCCAGCAGAUCGCUCAUCCAGG